AUGGCCCAGUUGUCCAAAAUGCAGCCCAAACACAGCCCCAUCCCCAACAACUACCAGCUGUUCCUGGCUUUGGUAUUUGCAGUCACAGAAAUCAACAAAGAUCUGGUUCUCCUCCCCAACAUCACCCUGGGCUUCCACAUGUAUGACAAUCUCCAGUGGGAGACGAGGAUUUUUUUAAUCAGUCUCCUUCUGCUCUCCACACGUGACCAAAUGGUUCUAGGUUAUAAAUGUGACUGGAAGGACCCUCUGCUCUCUGUCAUCGGGGGUGACAAUGCCAAAUCCUCAAAGAAGAUGGCCUCCAUUUUCAGCAUCUUCAAGGUCCCACAGUGGAACUGGGUUGGGCUGGUGGCCUCUGAUGAUGACAGCGGAGAACAUUUCGUCUCAAGUCUGAUGCCACUGCUGAAGGAGAAGGAGAUCUGCCUGGCCUUCACUCAAAAGCUUCUUCCCUAUUUGAGGAAUGUCAGGUUCAACAACAGUGUGGGAGAAGAAGUCUCCUUCUCAGAAAAUGGGCUGGGAUCUGCUAGUUAUGAUCUUCUCAACUGGGUUUCCAUUCACAAUAAAUCAAUGGCUCUGGUGAAAGUUGGGCAAAUCAAUCCUAGGGCUCCCCCAGAUCAAGUUUUCACUAUUAACUCUGAUGCAAUCGUCUGGCCCACAAAGGAGGUACCCUUUGCCAGGUGUGUCAUGAAGAGGUGCCAGGCAGGAGAGAGGAGAAGAGUUCCAGAGGGCGAGCCUGUUUGCUGCUACCAAUGUGCUCCUUGUCCAGAAGGGACCGUUUCUAAUCAAACAGAUGCAGCUCGCUGUGACCCCUGCCCAAAAGAUCAGUAUCCCAACAAGGACAAGGGCCACUGCAUUGCUAAGAUGCUCCUCUUCCUCUCCUAUCAAGAGACCCUGGGAUACACUUUAGUGUCUCUCACUCUUUCUCUCUCCAUGAUCACAUUGGCAGUCUUAGCAGUUUUCAUUAAGCAUCGUGACACACCAAUUGUGAAAGCCAAUAACAGAGAUCUCACCUACAUCCUCCUGAUCUCCCUUCUGCUCUGCUUCCUCUGCUCCUUCCUCUUCAUUGGUCAACCCAGGAAGCUCACCUGUCUCAUCCGACAAAUUACCUUUGCCAUCCUCUUUUCCCUUGCAGUUUCCUCUGUGUUGGCAAAAACUAUCAUGGUGGUUCUCGCCUUCAUGGCCACCAAGCCAGGGAACAAGUCAAGGAAACUCUUAGGAAAACCAUUGACUAACUCCAUUGUCUUAGUCUGUCCCCUGAUCCAAGCAAUUUUUUGUGUUACCUGGCUGAUAAUCUCUCCUCCAUUUCCCAACUUGGACUUCCACUCCUUAGUAGGAGAGACCAUCUUGGAAUGUAAUGAAGGCUCAACUUCAAUGUUUUAUGUUGUCCUUGCUUAUCUGGGUUUCCUGGCUCUUGUCAGUUUCACUGUGGCCUUUCUGGCUAGGAAAUUGCCUGAUAGCUUUAAUGAAGCCAAGUUCAUUACUUUUAGCAUGCUGGUCUUUUGCAGUGUUUGGAUCAGCUUCCUCCCCACUUACCUGAGCACCAAAGGGAAGUCCAUGGUGGCCGUGGAGAUCUUCUCCAUCUUGGCUUCUGGGGCUGGUCUCUUGGUUUGUAUCUUUUUUUCCAAAUGUUAUAUUAUUCUACUAAGACCUGAUAUGAAUCAGAGAGAAAAUAUAAUGAGGCGCAAGAAUCUCUGA